GUGACGUGACUGCCGCUGCCAGCGCCUACUCCCAACUUCAAGUAGAAGACUAGAAAGGGGAAAAAGGCCCGACAAAAAAAGCCCGGCAGUAAGCGCCUUUCUCCAGUCUCAAACCGUGUGAAGAAAACAUUCCUAUAAAAAAAAUCAGAUUUAUUAUGCAUUCACGUCUCUUUACGUUUCUCAUAUCUGAAAAAAAAAAAAAAAAAAAAAUCUCAAUUCGUCAUCCUCGGCUCACAUUCUUGGAGUUCAACCACCUUCCUUCCUUUUUGCCUAUUCUGCUCUCUUAUUCACUGCCAUUUCUAUAUAUAUCCAGUCUCUUUCACACUCCUCGCUAUUUGCCACAAUUCAAGCUCUGAAUCAAGCAAGGGAUCCAUGACUCUCUUAGUCUGUUUCGCUGUUGUACGCCUUAAAAAUAAGAUGGUUGCUAUUUUGUUACUGUAGCAUCUACUUCUGGAUCUUGUUGAUAUGAUUUUUUGGAAUCUGGGUUUUUCACUUGGGAGCCAAAGCACGAUUGCUAUUUGAACUUUGAGGAUUUAAAGCUACUUCAAUGCCAAAAGGGUUUUCUUGGAUUGGACCCGGAAGGUGAAAUUUUUUUAAUCUUUGUAGAGAUGCAAUCGAGGGUCGUUCCAUUAGAGGAGGGCAAGGACCCUAUGCUCUCAAUCAAAACCAGCCAACCUAAGGCGUUCCCGCUAAGGUUACUCCAGUUAUUUCUACUGUUUUUAGCUUUAUGUAUCGCAUUUUCAAUCAUCAGUGUAUACACAAUCAAAAGUUUUGGAGUUAACAAUGUGGUGACCACGGUUAAGACCACUUUCCAGCCCUGCCCUGAAGAACCUAAUGCUUUGGACCGUUGGAUUAAGCCUAGUUCAAAUUUGCUCCACAAGAUGAACGAUGAAGCCCUCUUUUGGAGAGCUUCGUUUGUUCCUAAAAUAAAAAAGUACCCUUUCAAGAGAGUUCCAAAGAUUGCAUUUAUGUUCUUGACGAAGGGGCCACUGCCUCUGGCAGCUCUUUGGGAAAGGUUUCUGAAGGGGCAUGACGAGUUGUAUUCAAUCUAUGUUCAUUCACCGCCAACAUUUGAAGCCAAAUUUCCACCUUCAUCCGUUUUUCAUGGAAGACAUAUCCCAAGUCAGAUUUCUGAAUGGGGUAAGAUGAAUAUGUGUGAUGCUGAAAGAAGGCUCCUUGCUAAUGCAUUGCUUGAUAUCUCUAAUGAAUGGUUCAUUCUCCUAUCUGAAUCUUGCAUUCCUCUGUACAAUUUCAGUAUCAUCUAUCACUACAUUAUGAAAUCCAGAUAUAGCUUCAUUGGUGCAUUUGAUGACCAUGGUCCAUAUGGAAGAGGACGGUAUAAUGAAAGCAUGGCACCUGAGGUGAAUAUCACCCAUUGGCGAAAAGGUUCUCAGUGGUUUGAGAUAAACCGAAGGCUUGGAGUUAAGAUAGUGGAAGAUACCACAUACUACCCAAAAUUUGAAAAAUUCUGUAAGCCACAUUGUUAUGUUGAUGAACAUUAUUUCCCCACCAUGCUAACCAUUCAAGCAGCACAUCUCUUAGCAAAUAGAAGCCUUACUUGGGUGGACUGGUCAAGGGGUGGAGCUCACCCGGCAACCUUUGGAAGAUCAGAUAUAACAGAGGAUUUUUUCAAAAGGAUUUAUGAAGGUCGGAACUGCACAUACAACAAUCAACCCUCUUCAAUGUGUUUUCUUUUUGGGAGAAAAUUUGCCCCAAGUGCUUUGGAGCCUCUGUUACGUAUAGCACCUAAGGUUUUGGGCUUCUGAUAAAAGACCACGUCAACUAAUUUUCAUCUGUGGAAAAUAAUCCUGGGGAACGUGCAUGUGAGAUUCAUUAUUUGCAUCUUAAUUGUUCUGUAAGAAGUAUUGGUGAUGGGUUGUGCUUUCUUGCUUGUAUACUUCUUUUGCUUAUCUCUUGUCCAAAAAUAUAUAUGUACAGGGAAUGCUUUUAGCUA